UUAGAUGUAAUAUGUUCUUUUUUGUCCUCGGACCGGCAGUCGGUAGCGUUUCCUCCCAUCGAAUCUUCAGUUCGGCCCCCUUCCCUUCUUUUUUUUCUUCUUCCCUCUUUGCGACUGACACGCGCGAUCGCCGGUCCGUGGGCGGAGGGGGAAUAUUCGUGCCGGGGCGCGGACGGGACCCCAUCCACCUCACUCACGGGCCCCACCCCUACCAUGGUAAGGUACCUUACCUUGCUACCUAGGUACGGUGCUACAUGAAUCAAGGCACCUGGUAUCUGUGAUAAUCACAACGUAUUCAAGGACAACAUCGUACAUGAUAGAUGGAG